AGCAUAGCGGUAGUAGGUGGCGGGAUUAUUGGGGUUAUGGUAGCCCUUGGACUUCUGCACCGCGGUUUUCAGGUUCAUAUCUACGAACGGUCUUCCGCGCAGCACGAGAUCGGGGCUGCGUUCGCCUUUACAGCAGUAGCAAGAGAUUGCAUGGCACGCUUGAGCCCUUCCGUGCUAGCCGCGCUCAGCCAAAUUGGUGAGGCCACCAAGAACGAGAUAAAACGCUAUUGGGACGGUUUUAGCCCACAGACCAAACAAGAGGCGGAGUCCGAAGAAAAAAGCCUUUUGUUCAGCCUCUCAACUCGCGAGCCCGAUUACUGGGGGUGUCUCCGAUCGUUGUUCUUGACACAGAUGGCAAGCCGCCUACCACCUGAUACCGUCCAGUUUUCCAAGGAGUUGGAAAGCUACAUCGAUGAGGGCAGUGAUAAGGUGCUACUGCGGUUUACGGACGGCACCACGGCCGAGGCAGAUGCUCUGGUGGGCUGCGAUGGGAUACACUCGAGAACUCGAGAAUUGCUGUUAGGAGAGAGUGAUCCCGCCUCCCAUGCACAUUACAGCCAUAAGAUGGUCUAUCGCGCUUUAUUGCCUAUUGGAGAUGGCGUGAAGGUGUUCGGCCAUGAUAAAGCGAAUAAUCAUUGCAUGCACUUGGGACCUAACGCUCAUAUAACAUCAUAUCCCGUUGCAAACUGGACCUUGUUAAAUGUCGUAAUUGGCAUCCAUGAUACGCAAGAGUGGCCGGAUAUCAGCAAGAUGGUCUUGCCAAGUACGCGCGACGAGGUUAAGAGCGCUGUCCACAAUUGGAGCCCUGCUGUGCAAGACUUAGUGAGCAUGUUCCCCAAGACUUUAUCCAAAUGGGGUAUAUUCGACACGGCCCGCCAUCCUGCGUCAACAUACGCAAGAAGUCGUGUGUGUUUGGUUGGUGACUCUGCCCAUGCCAUGAGCCCAUUCAUGGGAGCCGGGGCUUGCAUGGGAGUUGAGGACGCUCUGGUCCUAGCCACAGCUUUGGGAUCAGCAGCUCUUACCCCAGAAUACGGUGACAGGAAGAACAAAGCCAUUUCAGCGGCCUUCCAGGCUUAUAGUUCUUUGCGUCUUGUGCGCUCGCAAGCGGUAGUACAAAGUUCCAGAGACGUGGGCGAUAUCUAUCAGUGGAGAUACCCAGCAACCCGACAAGACUCUACAACGAUCGAGACAGAGAUCAAGCGGCGGACCAGAAGUCUGUGGGACUUCGACGUGGAGAAAAUGAUUGGCCAAGUAAAGGACGAGACGGAGAGUAGAGUUAGAGCCUCAAGCUCAUAGUGAAGCCUUCAUCAGACUAUCCACAGCUUUAGA